UAUAGACUACAACAAUCCUUUCUUCAAAUAUGGGGAGUAUUCCGUCGCCUGCAUCCGAAGAACCCAAAAGUUGGGCACCAUAUCUAAGCAGCGAUAUGAAUACAAGUGGGAGUACGAGUGAUAGUAUUGUACACGAUACAUCAAUAGGCAGCAAUACAAAUACAAGCUCAAACUCACAAUCACAAUCACAAUCGCAAUCACAAUCACACUCGCAAGCAAUGGGGGGUAUCGAAUACAGCCGGACAGACAAUACAAGUAAUGUAAUAAACGCCGAUGAGAUGCAUACACAGGGUAGUGGAGAUCAUCACGAUCACAAUGAUAUAGAUGAUAGUGAUCCACACAGUCAACGCAUUGAAGCUGCGUUCAAAUUACAUCCUACACUCACACCCCUAAUGCGAGAAAGCUUUAGGCGUAUGUACAAAACUGCGCGAAGGCGUACGAACGAGUGCUGUACCAUCAACAAUCCCAACGCACUUUUUAUGAACACCAACAGCACAAAUAAGGUCACUACAGGUGGCUCGGAUUUAAGUACAAACGCAGCCAGCAGUUCUGAGACCACACCUACACAUACAAAUACUACAAAUAAUGCGGAUACUAAGCAACCGGGACAACCAUAUAAUAAUUUAAAUAACAAAGCUAUAUCGCACCCAGUGUCUUCGCAUUAUGCCGCAGUUACGCCUACGAUCACACAUCACUAUCCUGGGCGCUUGAAAGAGGAUUUGGGGGAUAUGAAAAGGUAUGUGCGAGUGUCAGCGAGGAUUGUUCUGAGUG